AAAAAUUGUUUUCUUCUUCGUUCUCUUCUCCUUUUCGAUUAGGCGACGAGGGUUUAGCGUUAGGGUUAGGGUUUCUUCUACUAUACUUUGUUGUAUUGUGUGGGUGCUCCUCCGAUCGCCAUGGCGCUCGUGGUGAUCUGCGGCCAACCAUGCAGCGGGAAAUCGACGGCGGCGGCGCUCCUCGCGGAGGCGAUCCCCGCCGCCGAUCCCAAACCGACGGUCAGGAUCAUCGACGAGUCCUCCUUCCACCUCGGCCGCAACCAAAGCUACGCAGAUAUGGUUGCGGAGAAAAAUUUAAGGGGUGUUCUUAGAUCAGAAGUUGAUAGAUCUGUAUCAAAAGACAAUAUAAUUAUUGUGGACUCUCUGAACAGCAUAAAGGGAUAUAGAUAUGAGUUAUGGUGCCUUGCACGAGCUGCUGGCAUACGAUACUGCGUGCUUUUCUGUGACACUGAAGAAAGCUAUUGUAGGGAAUGGAAUAACAAGCGUGGGGAGAUGGGUGAAUCCACAUAUGACACUAAGAUUUUUGAAGAUUUGGUUCGGAGAUUCGAGAGACCAGAUAGAAGGAACCGUUGGGAUUCGCCACUCUUUGAGUUGUUCCCCUCUCGAGAUGAAAUAAACCAAUCAUCUCCUGUCAUUGCUGAGGCUGUCUCGUACCUGACCAAAAAGGUGGAUACGAAAACGAGAGAUGUUAGGAUUCUUCAGCCUACAAUAGCAACUCAGAAUGCACGGACAGCAGAGGCUAAUUCCCUCUAUGAAAUGGAUAGAGCUACCCAGGAAGUGAUCAACGCGAUUGUUGAAGCACAAUCUUCUGGGCUUGCCAUGAAUAAGAUAUCACUCGGACAACACUUGCCAACCAUCAACAUCCAAAGAUCAGUUGGGCUCCCCGAGCUCCGGCGCCUGCGACGAACCUUUAUAAAGCUGGCGGGGCAAACCAGCUUGAGUGGACCUCCGCCGCCUACCGACGCUGAUAGUUCUAAGAGAAUGUUUGUCGACUACUUAAACCGAGAAAUUGGAGCAGCUUAGAUUCCUAUUGUUACCUUCCAACACUCUGCAGGAAAAUGUACUAAUAUUUUUUUUCUUUUUUUGCUGUUUUAUUUAAUAGAUUAUGCCCGAAAGGGAAUUCGGAGAACUAAUAUUUGAUUGUAUGAGUUGAUUUCACAAACAAGAUGCCGAGAUAUAUCUCGUACUGUAUGAAUUGAUGCUUUCGUGUUUAUUUUUGCACUUUAUUAUUAUUAUUAUUAUUUUCUAA